AUGGCCGCCAUUGCCGAUGCAACACUCAGGCAGCGUGGACCUGGCCUCAAGCCUGAAGCGCAGCUCUCACGUACUGCUUCCACCGUCUCCGUGACCUCAGACUCUGGCGCCUCGACAGGUUCGAGCGACAGCGUCGACUUUAUCCCGCCCACCUUCACCAUCAAGGAGCUGCUGGGCUGUAUACCCAAGCAUUGUUUCGAGCGCUCAGCACUCAGAUCGGGUUCCUACAUCGCCGCUGAUCUCGCCCUCAUCGCCAUGUGGGUCUUUGCCGCGUCCCACAUCGACGCGCACUUCAGCAAGCAAGGAUCGGUCCUCGAUGGCGUUCUUGGCCAGUUUGUCGGCUACGCGCUUUGGGCCGGCUACACGUUCGGCGCUGGUCUCAAUGCUGUCGGACUAUGGGUCAUUGCCCACGAGUGCGGACAUCAAGCAUUCUCGCCAUCAAAGACGAUCAACAAUGCUGUCGGAUGGGUUCUCCACUCUGCUCUCCUCGUGCCUUACCACUCGUGGCGCAUCAGCCACGCAAAGCACCACGCUGCUACGGGACACAUGACGCGAGACCAAGUCUUUGUGCCCAAGACACGUUCUCAGCGCAAGAUUGCCCCUGCCUCAGAAGGCGAGCUCAAGGCACAGUCAGAAUUCUUCGAAGGCAACGAGUCUGCUUUUGAGAAACUAGAUGACUUGCUCGAGGAUGCACCUAUCUGGACACUUCUCAACCUGAUCGUUCAGCAACUCUUCGGCUGGCCUGCUUAUCUCAUCGUCAAUGCUUCCGGCCAGAAGCUCGGCAGAUGGACCAAUCACUUUGACCCCAACUCGCCCAUCUUCACUGCUCGCCACACCAAGCAGAUCAUCGCGUCUGACAUCGGUAUCGGUCUCACCGUGGCUGCGCUGACUACGUGGGCACACUACGCCAGCUGGACUGACGUGGUGCGGUACUACCUCAUCCCUUAUCUGUGGGUCAACCAUUGGCUUGUACUCAUCACGUACUUGCAACAUACCGACCCGACGCUGCCUCACUACCGCGAAGGCGCUUUCAACUUUCAGCGAGGCGCACUUUGCACGAUGGAUCGCAACGUCUUCGGUCUCGCUUUCCACGGUAUCGCAGAGACCCACAUCUGCCACCAUCUCUGCUCUGCCAUUCCUCACUACAAUGCGUGGGAGGCGACAGAGGCUUUGAAGCAGAAGCUCGGCCCGUACUACAACAAGUCUGACGAGUUCUUCCUUACAUCCCUCUGGAAUUCAUACAGUCAGUGCCGCUUCGUCGAGGACGAAGGCGACAUUGUAUUCUAUAAGAACAAAAAUGGCAAGUCGAUUCGCAAGGUCGCUCGUAGCGAUUCGAGCGAUAGCGGCACCGACUUGGCCGAGCCCGCUCAAGACGAUAUCAUCUGA